GACGACCUCUUGAGAUCCCCCCCUUCAGGAAGAAGCUCCAGACGAAACGUACAGCGCCGCCCAUGUGCGCCGGACCGCCGUGAAGAUGCUGUCCUUUAUCCUGAUCCAGAACCGACAGGGGAAAACCCGCCUCGCAAAGUGGUACGCCCCAUACAGCGACGACGAGAAGAUCAAGCUCAAGGGCGAGGUCCACCGUCUCGUCGCUCCGCGCGACCAGAAGUACCAGUCCAACUUUGUCGAGCACCGCAACAACAAGAUCGUCUACCGCCGCUACGCCGGGCUCUUCUUCUGCGCCUGCGUCGAUACUAACGACAACGAGCUCGCCUACCUCGAGGCCAUCCACUUCUUCGUCGAGGUCCUCGACUCCUUCUUCGGCAACGUGUGCGAGCUCGAUCUCGUCUUCAACUUUUACAAGGUCUACGCCAUUCUCGACGAGGUGUUUCUGGCCGGCGAGAUCGAGGAGACGAGUAAGCAGGUUGUGUUGACGCGGCUGGAACACCUGGACAAGCUGGAGUGAACGAGCAAAAGGUGGGAGAAAGCAUGCGGUGCAUCAAACAUUCAGGGCGGCUGCAAUGAGGAUGGAACUUAUCAUGACUGGGAGGGCGUUGGGCGUUCAAUCGAGCUAUGUCUAUUUCUUGUUUCCAUCUCCCUGGCAAAAGAUCUUUUCAUGCCA